AUGCGGCGUUGCCAGAGGUUAUGGGUGCUUCAAGCUGCCGCGGCACUGCAUGCUGACACUGGACUUGAAGAAGGACAGCAGCAGAGACUUUCACCAGAGCAACCUGUUUAUUUGAAGCCGAGUCGUAGUGGGCGGCGCAAGGCAAGUUUCCUAUUUCCACGUAUGCGUGGGGCUCUACCUGACUACGCAAUUAGGGCACCGCCCCUCGGUUCCGCCGCACCACUUUUUCACAUUACGUCCCCCUCGUGUGAGUAUUAUGCUCUUCGGCUGCCCUUCCUGAGGGCGGGAUUUAAGCGUAUUCCCAUGCAGGCCAAUACUUCCAUUCCGAGCAACGUCCUGUGGGGGCGUUCCAUGCGGCAGCAACCGAUGCAGUCACAUGCUUCCACAUGUAUCGUCUCUUCUUCUUCUUCGUUGUCGCGUGAUGUGGAUGGUGGUGGUGUAGAACUCCACAAGGCGUCGCUGUCCUCGACGCGUGCGAAGGAAUUGGAGGAGUGUCUCUCCACCGCGCAGAUGGUGUGCGCCCACCAGCGCUUCAACCAUUUCCCGCGCAGUUACGGCAACAUCGGCUGCAAGUGGGGACUGGCGGUACGACUGCAGUCUGUCGCGAAUGCACUCGAGGCAGCAGGGGACAAGCAACAGCGCUACGGAUUCUUGCCGCGCACCUGGGUGUACCCAGGGGAAAAACGGGCGAUCAUGAAAGCCAUGGCGGCGGCCCCACCGACGCGGCGGUUUAUUUGGAAGCCCGCUAGGGGAAGCUGCGGCCGCGGCAUAUUUACAUGCAUGGGUGGGGCGAAGAACGCGCGGUGCUGGGAGCGUGUGAUGGAGGAUAUUGAAGCCCGCGCCUUGGGUGACGUGUCACUAGCAGGUGGUAUGAGCCGCAAGUAUGUUGUGCAAGAGUACAUCGAAGAUCCAUUGCUGCUCGAUGGUCGCAAGACGGACCUUCGCCUCUACGUGGCCGUUACGAGCUACGACCCACUGACCGUCUACCUACAUGAGGAGGGUCUUGUACGCCUUGCGGCGCAGGAGUACAGCAAUAGCGGCAGUGAUGGUGGGACAAUUUUCGAUCCGUUUCGUGACCUGACAAAUUACUCGGUUGGGAAGCGGUGGAAUAUGCGCAGCAGGUCGUCGCCCAACACGGAGGGUCCGGAAACCGACGUGGUCCCUGCUGCUGAUGUGGCUUCGCCACCGCUGGUGCUCAAGAAGAGCUUGGCAGAGCUGUGGGCACACCUGGACAGCACGCACCCGCUGCCGCCGCGAUCUAUUCCCGCCGCGACACUUGCGAACGCCCCUCCACAGCGGCGCAUGUCGCUGCGAGUGUGGGACGACAUUGCGUGUGCGAUCGUCAAGACGCUCCUUGCGGUUAAGGUGCCGCUGGCAGGUGCGGCGGGCAGUUUGCCAUUCCCGAACGGAUUCUUCGAGCUCUACGGAUUCGACAUGAUGCUUGACGCGAAAUUGAAGCCGUGGCUAAUUGAGGUGAACACGCUGCCGUCGCUUGCCAGCACGUCCCCACUCGACUAUGCCGUGAAGACGAACGUCGUUUCAGAUCUUCUCAAUCUUGCAAUGAUUGAGCCGUUCGAGCGACCCGCGUCGUGCUUCGGCACACUCGGCGACGACGUACUGCACCUUACUGGCCUGCUUGACCCGCUCACGAAGGAGGCAGCGGAGGCUGUGCAUCGCUGGAGUGGCGUCACAAGUCGUGGCUGUCAGCAGUUGCGCGACCGCGAGGCAAAGGAGGAGUUGCGUCUUCGCCUGCAGGAUGAGCUUGCGUACUGCCGCGGCUUCAAACGCAUCUUUCCACCUCUGCUCAGUUCGCAUAGACUUCCACUGAUGAGUGAGGUUGACGCCAUCUCCCAACACAUUUGUUUGACCAAAUCCGACGUUUGGGCGUUGGAGGCGUAA